AUGUUUCACGGUCCCCUCCUAACUGCAACUGAUGAGAAAUAUCAGCCAACCCAAUCGUGCCAUUCGCAACCCCCUUCAACAGCCCCUCCCAUCCUCCAAAAUGCUCAUAAACCCCCUCCUUCCUCUCCCAAAUCUCAAACCGCUCAACCAUAA